UUGUUGCGUUUUCUAAAAAUAACAAAAUUUUGUAUAACCAUGGAGUCACCGAUAAUCUUUCUCCGGCCGUUCAAUCUCUCCGAUGAAGAAGACGUCUUCAAAUGGGCCGGUGACGAUGACGUGACACGUUACCUCCGUUGGGACUCCGUAAAAACCUUAGAAGAAGCCAAACAACACAUCUUAAACAAGGCUAUACCACACCCAUGGCGCCGUUCCAUCUCUCUCCUCCAACAUGGUCGUUCGUUAGGUUACGUAUCCGUCAAGCCAGAUUCAGGUGAUGGUCGGUGCCGAGCCGACCUUGCAUACGCUGUAGCUAAAGAGUUUUGGGGGCGAGGGAUAGCCACGGCGGCAGUGAGGAUGGCGGUGGAACAAGCUUUCGAGGAUUUUCCGGAGUUGGUGAGGCUACAAGCGGUGGUGGAGGUGGAGAACAAAGCGUCUCAGAGGGUGUUGGAGAAAGCUGGAUUUCGAAAAGAGGGUUUGCUUGAGAAGUAUGGUUUUAGCAAAGGAGUGAUCAAAGACAUGUUUCUCUAUAGUUUUGUUAAAGAUGAUUGUUUUGUGUAAUAAUUAACGGUAAAAAUAAUGGAGGAGGAAGUAAGUAAAUAAUAUCCGGUUUUUACCGAAAUCUGAAAUGAUACAAUAGCAAAUGUUAGGUUUAGAGAGAUAAAGAUGUUUACGGCAACAAAUGAUGGUGCCUUUUGUCUACAUGUUUUUGUGAUGUCAUGAUUUAAGUUUAAGUCGUGUCGUGUGUCUACGGUGACUCUUUAUCUUUCUUUCUCUGAUGUUUGUCUUGUUCGUGAUGAAAAGAAACUCUACAUUAAUAAUCUUAAGGUCAUUAA